AUGGCUAUGCACCGAAAGCAAGAUCGAGCGAGGCGGAAGCAAAAAUCAUCAACAGCGUUAAGAUCAAGCCGUCUAUCCUUGGAGCACAUGUUUCCAGAGGAAGGCCUAAAGACAGGACCUCAUUCGUUCGGUUCAUCUACACUGUACGAGAAUGUCUCCGACAUGGAGAGUGCUGCGGAACUAAAGAAGAUGUCUUGUUCAGCUAUAAUGGUUUCAAAUCCGAAAACAUCUCGAGUCAGUAGUCCGACCCGAAACUUGAGUGUUACCGUCGAUCAUCCUUCUACCAAUGUUAUUCAUACAAAAAAAUCGAUCGACAUGAGGCCUUUGUCCGUUCCACCAAAAGUGAAAAGAAGUAGUGGAGCUAUGUCACGCUGUUAUUUGGCGCUCGGAAUUGCGACAUUAGUUGUAUGUGGCAUAGCAUUUACAAUAUGGCUUACGUACGAAUCGCUCGAGAAAUUUGUUUCUUCCCUACUGAAUUAA